GAUUCGGGAGAAAUUACCAAAGUAAGGCAAGUUUUAACCACUUGUUGUUUUGUCUCUUUUGAUAUGUUUGUGUAAGGCUAUGUUACUGAAUUAGCUAGAUAUAGCUCUAUUUCUGGCCAUGAGACAUAUGGGAAUCGGGUAUAGAUUGGAAUCGUUUGUGGAAUCGGGUAGUGUUUAUAUAUUUUCAGGUGAAAACUUUGUGAAAUGGCACAUGGCAUACUUGGGUGGUUCCAAUGUUGACAUGGUGAUUCUAACUGAAUCCUUGUCAACUUCAGUGUCAACAGGUUUUUCAAUGCAUUUUGUUGACUUUGUGAUAGACAAAACCCUAAAUGUCCAUCCCAAACACUAAACGAUUGCAUUAGUUUGCAUUUUAUGUGCAAGGAAAAUGCAAGAAAUUUCACAUUAAAAAAUGCUCCAUUCUCUAUUCACAAUACAAUUCUCCAUUCUCCAUCAUUUUAUUUCACUGAUUUCAUGGUGAGGGCCAAGGAAGUCAUUGAAGCAGUGUGGAGAGGAAGAAUGAAAGAGAGAAACUGAAAUCUCUACCCAAUGCCCUAUGGAUUGCCCUACCUCGCUUCGCCAUGUGCAUCUAUAGAUCAUAAGGGGAGGUGCUCGAAUAGUCAUCACAACUCAAUUCAGUUUGGCUAUUAAAGGAAAAGCAAGGUUGUUCGUUACACAAUUGAAGACAUGAUCAUAUCAUCUUAGAUGGUGGAAGAUAGGCAAAGAAGCUUUGGAAGAGAGAACUUGCAUAUUCUGUAAUAAGGGAGUGGUAGAGAUGGAAUGUCACUUCAUCAAGGAAUGCACAACUCACGAGGAUAUCCGUAUUCAGUAUGAAAACAGUUUGAAGGUAAGGCAUGCACAGGGUUAUCACAAUGUGGCUGGAGAAAAAGACGAUAAAGCAUACUUGUCCUAUGAAUUUGUCGAUGCAAGCCUCACUCCUUUGGGAUGGCAGCAGGUUAACCAACUUCGUACGCAUGUUGCUAAUAGUGGUCUUGCGUCUAGCAUUGAGCUGGUCGUGACUUCUCCUUUGACAAGGACUAUGCAAACAGCAUUAGGUGUUUUUGGUGGUGGAGGCUAUAUAGAUUCUGAUUCAUCUCCUCCAUUAAUGGUUGCUGGUAGUGGCAAGAGUGAUCGCACUGCAAUUUCAACUUCAAACUAUCCACCUAUUGUAGCUGUGGAAUAUUGUCGAGAAGGUGUGGGACUAAAUCCAUGUGACAAGAGGAAAAGCGUCAGUGAGUAUAAAACCCUCUUCCCUAGCAUUGAUUUUUCUUUGGUAGAAACAGAUGAAGAUGUUUUGUGGAAGCCAGAUAUUAGAGAAAAAGAAUAUGAAAUUGCGGCUCGUGGAAGAGCUUUUCUUAACUGGUUAUUAACACGAAAGGAAAAAGAAAUAGCAAUUGUUACACAUAGUGGGCUUUUGAUACACACUCUGGCCCUCUUCGGAAAAGAUUGUCAUCCCUUCAUUAGAAACGAGAUUCACAAACCGUUUGCUAAUUGUGAACUUCGAUCAUUUGUUAUCUCUGACAGAAGUGCCAUUGGUACUAGUGUUCCCGUAACAGAUUUUCCAGGGUGCGUUCCUACUGGUCCCGAUGCCCCUAGUGACAAUGAUGGGGUAGAGAAUAUACGGAAUGAAUAUGCACUAGCUACAAAAUAAUCACCAUCCCACCAAAACAUUGUAAGCGUUCAAAGAACUCCAUUAAAAGUAAUUCGUGAUGAAGACAACACAAUUCAUUCAGUCAUAAUUUUGGUUUGCAUGAACACAUAUUGGUAGCAAAAUAAAUGCUACGAGUUGGAUACUUAGGCUGCAAUAAAGCUUACCAUUUGCAAAGCCGAGGAAUUCUUGAGAGAUUUUAGUUGUGUCAAAAUCAAAUUGCAGUAAUGCAGUUGCACAGCCAAAUUUGACAGAAUUCGAAGGAAAGCAGCUGAAACUUCUUCGAGUUUAAUCUCCACAAUUCAAAUACCUGUUCCUUAUUAAAAAAAAUUCCGUGAGACAUUUGUGAUGAUUGUGACCUUUAACUAACGACACAUGUUUUUCAUUCUCUUUUUUUCUAUAAGCAUCUCCUGUUUUCAUUAUACAACAAUGCUAUUGUACCAUCAAAUCUAUGGAGAGUCCUCUAUGUUUGAUUUAA